CGCGUCUUAGGACCCGCCCCCCGCUCGAGGACACUCGGGAUGUUUGCUGUUACCAUGGAGUCCGGCGGGAGGAGGAGCGGUGAACGCAGCCUGUCGCCAGGGCAACCGGAGAGGACCAAGCCAGACCGAGUUGGCGGCGGCGGUACGGACUGCAAUGGUGUCCAAUCCCGUGCACGGCCUGCCCUUUCUCCCGGGCACGUCCUUUAAGGACUACACGAAAACAGCUUUCCAUAGAAGCCAGACGCUGGGCUACAGGAAUGGCUAUGCAAUUGUUCGACGUCCAACAGUUGGGAUUGGUGGGGAGCGGCUCCAGGUCAACCAGCUGUCCCAGGCCGAGCUGAAUGAAUUGGCCAACAAGGCACCAGUUCUAACUUAUGGCCAACCUAAGCAGGCCCCGCCUGCAGAUUUUAUUCCUGCACAUGUGGCUUUUGACAAAAAGGUGCUGAAAUUUGACGCCUAUUUCCAAGAAGAUGUUCCUGUAUCAACUGAGGAACAUUAUAGGAUUCGCCAAGUGAACAUUUACUACUAUCUAGAAGAUGACAGCAUGUCUGUCAUAGAGCCUGUUGUAGAAAACUCUGGGAUUCCUCAAGGCAAGUUAAUCAAACGCCAGCGGCUAGCUAAGAAUGACCGGGGAGACCAUUACCACUGGAAAGACCUAAAUCGAGGAAUAAACAUCACAAUUUAUGGCAAAACUUUCCGCAUUGUUGACUGUGACAAAUUCACACAGGCAUUUUUAGAAAGUCAAGGAAUUGAAUUGAAUCCACCAGAGAAGAUGGCUCUUGAUCCUUACACUGAACUCCGGAAAGAGCCUCUUCGUAAGUACAUCACCCCAUCGGACUUUGAUCAGCUCAAGCAGUUUCUCACCUUUGACAAACAAGUUCUUCGAUUCUAUGCAAUCUGGGAUGAUACAAAUAGCAUGUUUGGUGAGUGUCGGACCUACAUCAUUCAUUACUAUCUCAUGGAUGAUACGGUGGAAAUUCGAGAGGUCCAUGAACGGAAUGAUGGGCGAGAUCCUUUCCCCCUCCUGAUGAACCGCCAGCGCAUGCCCAAGGUUUUGGUGGCAAACACAAAGAACUUUCCUCAGUGUGUGCUGGAAAUCUCAGAUCAAGAAGUGUUGGAGUGGUAUACUGCCAAAGACUUCAUCGUUGGGAAACCACUUACUAUCCUUGGGAGAACUUUCUUCAUUUAUGAUUGUGAUCCAUUUACUCGACAGUAUUUCAAAGAGAAGUUUGGAAUUUCUGACUUACAACGUAUUGAUGUGAGCAAGCAGGAACCACCUCCUAUAAAACAGGAAUUACCUCCUUAUAAUGGCUUUGGACUAGUCGAAGAUUCUGUUCAGAAUUGCUUUGCUCUCAUUCCAAAAGCUCCAAAAAAAGAUGUUAUUAAAAUGCUGUUGAAUGAUAACAAGGUGCUUCGUUAUUUGGCUGCACUGGAAUCCCCCAUCCGAGAAGACAAAGACCGCAGAUUCAUCUUCUCUUACUUCCUAGCCACUGACAUGAUCAGUAUCUUUGAGCCUCCUGUUCGUAAUUCUGGCAUCAUUGGGGGCAAGUACCUUGGUAGGACUAAGGUUGUUAAACCAGGCUCUACUGCGGACGACCCCAUCUACUAUGGCCCCGGUGACUUCUUCAUUGGUGCUGUGAUUGAGGUGUUUGGCCACCGGUUCAUCAUCCUUGAUGCAGAUGAGUAUGUUUUGAAAUACAUGGAGAGCAAUGCUGCCCAGUAUUCGCCAGAAGGACUCUCAUCAAUUCAGAAGCACAUCCGAAAGCAAGAAGCUCCUGCACCAGAAGCAGAAACCAAGCGAGCUGAAGAGGAUCCAGGUGUGCAGGAACUAGAGGCAUUAAUAGACAUGAUCCAGAAGCAACUGAACAAUCAUCCAUGCAAAGACAACAUCCGUGAGGCAUUUCAAGUUUAUGACAAAGAGGCUUCAGGAUAUGUGGACAGAGAGAUGUUCUUUAAAAUCUGUGAAUCUCUUAACGUUCCCAUCGAUGACUCCUUGGUUAAGGAGCUCAUCCGGAUGUGCUCUCAUGGAGAAGGCAAGAUUAACUACUAUAACUUUGUUCGUGCUUUCUCAAACUGACCUGGUGUGUGAGAGAUUGCAAUACUUUUUAAUAUUGGGUCUACACUCUGAAAUGUACCUUAUGCUCUUCACAGAGGCCUUUACAGAAUUACAUUUCUUUUUUGGUUCUUAUAUUUUGCUACUACUGAAGUCUAAACUAAAUUGGAUCUUAACAGGAUCUAAGAUCAGUGCUUUAUUUGGGAUAAUAGGGAUAUUGUGAUGGUUCAGUUUAUGUGUCAACUUGACUGGGUCACAGGUAUCCAGAUGUUUUGCAAACAUUAUUCUAGGUGUUUCUGUGAGGGUGUUUUUGGAUGAGAUUAACAUUUGAAUCCAUCUGUAAAGUAAAACAGAUUGCCUUCCCUAA